GGUCUUAGCAAUGGACCAACAACAAGCGGCACAGGUCCUCCAGUCGCUCCAGGAACUACAGACCGAGGUCAAUCGACUAAGAGGCCGAGAAGCUGAACUGACAGCACAGGUCGCUUCUUUUGGUGCCGGUUCGGCUGCUUCAGCUGGACCUGGCAGUGCACUGGCACAGUUGGUGCAGUCACAAAAGGAGCUUGUGGACGCCCUUAGAUCGAAAGAACAAGUCCGGUUGGUCGACAACAAGGGCCUUGGCAAGCCCGACAAGUUUGAUGGGACAGCCGAAAGAUUCUUGUCAUGGAAAAUCAAGACGUCCUCCUAUCUUGCAAGUGUUCGCAAAGACCUUCGUGAGAUUCUGGUUUGGGCCGAAGAUUGCGAUCAUGCAAUCACUGCAGAUGACAUCGACAAGGCUUUUGGGAGUCAAGCAGAUGCCAUUGACCAGGUGUCGAACAUCAGUGAAUUGAGACGCGAGCUUUGGGACGCGCUGCUAAUGCUGACAGAGCGUGAGCCCUUUGACAUCGUGCUGAACACCGGGGAAUGCGGCAUCGAAAGCUGGAGAAAGCUCACGCGGAGGUACGACCCAUCCACUGGUGGUCGCAAAAGCGCUCUCCUCAAUGCAAUCUUGUCACCGGCUCGAUCCAAGAUGGAAGAUUUGCCGUCCAACCUGGAGAAGCUUCUUGACAGCAUCAGACUUUAUGAACGUCGCAAAGACGCAUCUGGCAACCGAACGAUGUUGGCAGAAGACAUCAAGAUCAACGUGAUUGAACGAUUGGUGCCGGCAGAGCUCGAGCGUCAUCUCGUUCUCAAUCGAGAUCGCUUCAAGACGUUCGAGUCCAUGCUGUCCGAGAUCCAGUCCUAUGUGGAACAUGCCACCGGCAACAAGAUCAAGGUGGUGAAUAGCCAGCCCUACGACGCACAUGGCCGUGGGGACGAUCCUAAGGAUGUCGGAAGCUUUGGAAAAGAUGCGAAGGGAAAAGGUAAGGGCAAGAAGGGAGCUGGAGGAAAACCUGGAAAGGGAAAUGCAACAGCUGAGAAGAGAACAUGUCACAACUGCGGACGCCCAGGACAUCUGCGGGCAGAUUGCUGGGCACCUGGAGGAGGCAAAUCUGUGAACAAUGUCGAACAAGGUGAACCAGAAGCAGAAGACUGGGACGCAGCUGAUGGCGACGAUGGUCAACAAGCAGCAAAUGGUUUAACGCUCUAUGGCGUUGAUGGGCCACCACAUGACGAGGAUGACGACGAAAGUUUCCAGGUCGAUCCCGAGUCCGAGGAGUCGGAAGCCUCGACAAGUCGCAGAAGGUGGUUUUCUUUGCCUCACCCACGUGCGUCAUGGCCUGAAGAGUGGGACGACCCCGACUAUGAUGGACCGAGUGGAUCGAGUGGCUCAAGACCCCUUCGGUCGCUUCGACUGGAGGAGGUCACCGAGCACGAGACCACUACAUCCAAGUCCGCGUCUUCCAAGGCACCUCGAACGCCACAGGGAAGACCCAAGAGGGGCAGAAGUCCAAAGAGCUCAACACCAAAGAGAGGCAAAGCAAGCAGAUCAGGGCCAGUCACUCCGGAGUCAGCACUCCGACGCUUUCGAAUGACUUCGAUGACACCACCACCAAGGAGAAGGUUGAGGCAUGGGCCACAGACUCCAGAAGAACUUCUUCGUAGCUCUACACCUUUGCCAAAGACACCACCGACACCUAUAGCAUGGCCUGCAUCACCUCCACAACAGCCGAUAGCCUCGCCCAAGACUCCACCAGGACCACCACCAGGAUGGCAAAGCCAAGUAGCUUCACCCAAGACUCCGCCAUGUCCACCACCGGGAUGGCAAAGCUCUCAGGUGAAGCCACCACCACCUGUCAAGGCAUCAUCGGCAGCUUCGACUUCAGGUUCUCGACUUGUCCAGAUGCUGAAGGCUGCGCUGAGUUCACAAAUCCGCAAAGUCCAAGAAGAAGAUCCUGGUUCAGGAGAUGGCCAGGCAGAUGCGAUGUUAGCGGCUUUGAGGACUAGAUCUGUCAAGGCACCGCACAUCACAAAGCAGAACAUCAGCGAUCCUUCUUUCCACGACUCGAGAUACCAUGCCGAGAUUGCCAAAGGUGUUGCACACAAUGUGGCCUGGAGAAAUGAACGUUUGAGAAGACGUGCAAUCGUCCACCGACGUGGAGGAGUCAAGGCACGUGCGGCUGAAAGGAUUCGACUUGACAAAGAAUGGCAUGAACGCUUUGACAACCCAGAAAAUCCAGAAGGCAUAGUGAGAAUCGAGGAUGAAGACAACUUGGAUGCGGGCAUCGAGACGGUGGUUGUGGGCAAAGCUGGUCAGAGCACAGUGAUAGAGUUUUCAGCGGAAGAGCGGAAAACCUUGAGGCAGUUCCCGGACGACGAGGCCAAGUUGCUGCAGAAGGACCCCAAGAAGAAACCCAUGACCAAGCGUGUUCGAAGCGUUGGGUACAGGGUGAAGAAGAAUCGCAACCGCAAUGUGGCGCGCAAGAUGGCGAGGAAGAACCGACCAGCCUUGGUUCUGAAGGAAAACACUGAAGUGAACGCAGAUGAAGAUGAUGAUGAAAUGGAAGAGGUCUACAUCGAAGAGCCUGAUGAGCCUCGAGACCGACCAGGCAGAGGAGACCCCGAUGGUGGAGCUGGAUCGGCUCCUGCUGCAGUCUACAGCUUGGGGGCCUCUGACGACUGGCGAAAAUGGGAACGAGCAGAGUUGAACAUCGACACCGGUGCUGCCAUCACUGCAGUACCACUUGACUUCGCCAAGGACUACCCGAGGAGCGAGUCCAAUGGAGCAAGCUACAAGGCAGCCAAUGCGGAACCCAUCGAAGAUCAGGGAAGUGUGAAGCUGGUGGGAUACGACGAAUCUGGCAACAAGAUCCCAAUCGAUUGCCGAGUUGCAGAUGUGCAUCGGCCACUUCUUUCAGGUUCCGAGAUCGCCAAGAACUACCACAUCGCCCUUGGACCAUCUUCGGGGAGAUUGAUCCCAAGAAACACUCCUGCGGGACGGGCCUAUUCGAAGGAUCCAGCUGUUUCAGCCGGAGCCGAUGCCAUGGAAGAUGGAGGCGAUGUUUCAGCCGCUUCGGCCGGAGCAGGGUCCUCAGGCGAUGUUCCAGCUGCUUCAGCCGGAGCAGAUGCCUUUGAAGAUGAAGUUGAUUUGGAAAUCGGUGAAGAACAGAGGAAAGCCAUUGUGAAGAAAGAACCACAUCAACCAUCCCAAGCUGAAGUUGACGAACAUGAAAGCACUGGACAUGUUGUCCAUCGGAGCUGGUGCUUGCACUGCAAAAGGGCACGUGUGACUGCUGAUCGCCAUGUGCCUAAGGAACUUGAUGAGCCAGAAACGCAGUUGCCCACGCUGAGCCUGGACUACUUCUAUAUGAACCAGGACCAGGUUGCGGAUGAGGCGACCCUUCCGAGCAUUGUGGCGAAGUGCCACAAGACCAAGAGAUUUUGGGCGAGCGUUCUCCCGGGAAAAGGGGCGGAUGCGUUCGCAAUCGCGUGGCUUGGGGGAGUUUUGGAUGAUGCUGGUUUUAAUAAGGUAAUCCUUAAGUCUGACGGUGAACCCUCCUUGGUAUCCCUUAAACAGAAGGUUAAGGAGAUAAAGACCCACAUCGAAGUGCACUUGGUGGAAACCCCAGUAGAAGACCAUCAAGCCAAUGGGUUUAUCGAAGUGGGAGUGCGAGAGAUAAAACGACAAUGUCGUGCUCUCCUCAGCGACCUGGAGUUCAAGCUGGAAAGGAAGGUAGAUCCGGGCCAUCCACUUUUGGUUUGGCUCCCGCGGCAUGCUGCCUUUCUCUUGACGAGAUACCGAGUAGGUACUGAUGGAAAGACCGCUUUUGAGCGGACCUAUGGACGAAAAUGGCGGAUUCCGCUUGUGAGGUUCGGUGAAAGCAUCCUGUAUAGGCCGAGGGCCAAUCGUGGGGGCAAGAGAAAUGACCUUGCUCCAAGGGUAUCCAUUGGGAUGUACGUUGGAACUGGAAACAGAAAUUCAGACGUCUUUGUCAUGACGGAACGUGGAAUCAUGAAGGGGAACUCGAUCCAUCGACGCCCACCUGACGAUCAGUUCAAACAUGAUCAGUUUGACUCGCUACGUGGCCUUCCUUGGAGGUUGCAAGAACGAGAACAUGGUGGACUGAGGAUCGCCCUUCCCGAUGUUGCAGCGCCUCGUGAAAGGCCUGCAGUGCAAGAAGUGAUCCCAAGGAACCUCUAUGUCACCAAGAAUGACUUGGAAAAGCAUGGGCACACACCUUUGUGUCCUGGAUGUGAAGCAGCAAUACUUGAGAUGCCAAGCCGAGCUCACAAUGCUGAGUGCAGACAAAGAAUCCAGAUCGAACUUGACAAGACUCCAGAAGGUCAAGAAAGGAUCAAAAGAGCGAGAGAGAGAGAGUUGCACAAGGCAGGCGCCCAAGAGGCGCGGCUGCACCGCCUGAGGGUGGUGGGGCAGAAGGUGGUGAAGCUGCACCACCAGUUGUCCCAGGAGGGGAAGUUGAACAACCAGUCUUGCAAGACCGUGUUCCUUUGGAUGCGGAAAUGGAUGCAAGUGAGGCUGUUGGUGAACCACUGGUCGACACCGAUUUUCGUGGAGAACUCAGACAGAGAGAACAAGAAAGAGAAGGAAGCCCAAAGAGGCAGAAACAAGAACAAUCCCGAGGCUUCAGGGUCAGCCGGACCACCGGCACCGGAUGCUUCAUCUGGUGUUCCGGAAGGUGCUGCCGCUGCACCAACAAGUCCUGAGACAAACCAGGAGAUGCUACAUCUGUGUUCCUUGCUCAAAGAUGUGAUCGCAAAAGGGAAGGUUGCUGAGAUCUUCUCUCCACCGCGUGUGGCUGCACAAGCCCAAGUGGUCGGGCUAGCACCUGGCUUCUCGAUUGACUUGGAGACAAAGCGUGGUGAUGGAACUCACUGGGACUUGAGUAAAGAUGAACACAUUCGUGAUCUGUUUCAACUGCUUGACUAUGAGAAACCAGAGUUCCUCGGCGGCUCACCUCCCUGUGGGCCAUUCUCGAAGCUGCAAAACAUUGUGGAUGCGAAGGGCAAUGUUUCACCUGAAGUUCGAGCGCAGAGACUAAAAGAUGGUCGCAAACAUCUGCGCACGGCAGUUUCAGCGUAUGAGCAUCAAAUGAAUGCUGGAAGGUACUUCUACCAUGAGCACCCUAAAGGGGCCGCUUCGUGGGAAGAGAGAGCUGUGAAGAGACUGAGGGCAGAUGAACGGGUGUAUGAGGAGGAGUUUUGGAAGCAGCUGCCCGACAGCGAUGACACCAUCGUGGAGCCAGUGCUUGACGCACACUCCGGUGCUGUCUUGGAUGUUGACAAGGUCAGAGCUGCUCGUUACGGUGGUAUUCGAGUUCUUGUACACGGAGAUGACUUCGUGGUGCUUGCUGAUGAUGCUGGACAGAAAUACCUUGAGGACACCUUGAGGUCCAAAUAUGAUCUGCGGGUCGAUGGAUCGAUCGGUCCUGGAGAACGGCAUCAGCAGUUCGCAGUGCUCAAUCGAAUCGUGACCUACAACGAGCAGGAAGGCUCUGUAUCCUAUGAGGCGGAUCCCCGCCACGUUGACCAGAUGGUACGAGAUCUAGAAAUGGAAAACUGUAAGCCAGUCAAGACACCAUCUGAGAAAAUGUCAGCCACGGAGGCCAACUUGAAGUUGACCACCCCGACCAUCACACCGGACCGUGUAAGUUUCUUCCGGCGCUCAACAAGUGGACUUGUGGCAACCUUUGGCCGCCACACGGUGAAGGCCUCGAGCACUCUUCAGAGCACGAUCAGCUUGAGUUCCGGUGAAGCGGAAUACUACUCGAUCGUUCGAGGAGUUUCCAUCGGAAUGUCGCUACAGGAGAUCUUGCGAGGAGGGGUGACGGGAUAUAGGGUUCUCACUAGUUGCUACGCCAACCUUUGGCUCAAGAACACCGCCGAUGACCAGCGAUCCGAUGUUGAAGUCAUGACGGCCGAGACCUCCUUUCGAGUUUCAGAUCCUGAUGUUGAGAUCCAGGAAUCCAGUUCCUCUGAGGAGCCGAUCAUUCAUGCCGUUGAUGUCCCUGCCGAUGACUUCCAUGUGAUCAUGAAGACUCAGGAGGCUACCUUGACAGAAUUUCAUUUUCGAGUGCCACAGCAUGUGUCAGGUGACCUGAAUAGUGAUGAACCGCCGUUCCUUAGUGAACAUCAGUGCCGACAAGUGAAGGCCCAGAUUCGAGCGUGCGAUGCAGUCCAAACGGACCCUGAAUGUCCUGAAGGCUCGACUGAGUCAGAUCCGUCUUGGGCUGUUGUGACCAAUGGUGUGAUGACUGAUGGCAGCAAGCGUCGCUUGUCUUCGCCAACCCCUUCUGAUGAUACUGCGUUGAAGCCCAAGGAGAUGCAGCAUAUGCCCCAUGACCUCUGGACGCGUUUGGAGAUUCGUGCGGUUGGCAAUUUGCCUCCUGGAGUUCCUUCGAUGAAAGUCUGGAGCCAGACACUUAUUUCGUUUGGCAAGUUCGACAAGGAAAAGAUUUCUUAUUUUGAUUUGGUGACCGACACUGAUGUGAACAAGACUGGAUAUGUAAAGUGGAUCCUCAGCCACACGAAUGAGAAAUCUACGGCCCAGCUCAAAGAUCUUCGUGAUUUUGUCAAGAUGUUUCAGUUGGAAGUUCAUGGAGUGGAUGCUGGCGUGUCUCAUUUUGCUGAUGGCAAGAUCCGAGAGUUCAAAAAGUGA